AGAAAGCGAGGAUGGAUGUGGAAUCAAUUUUUUUUACUUGAAGAGUACACGGGUUCAGAUACCCAGUAUGUUGGUAAGUUGUACACAGAUCAUGAUCAUGGAGAAGGAAAUUUAAAGUAUAUUUUAUCUGGAGAUGGAGCCGGGAGUGUUUUUAUCAUAGAUGAAAAUACUGGGGACAUCCAAGCUGCAAAGAGAUUGGAUAGAGAAGAAAAAUCAACUUAUGUUCUUCGAGCAAAAGCAAUAGACAAAAGAACAGGAAGACAAGUUGAACCAGAAUCUGAGUUUAUAAUUAAGAUUCAUGAUAUCAAUGAUAAUGAACCAAAGUUUAACCAAGAUGUUUAUACUGCAACUGUUCCUGAAAUGUCAGAAGUUGGCAUAAUCAAAACUGCUCUACCAGAUAUGAGCAGAGAGAACAGGGAACAUUACCAAGUGGUUAUUCAGGCCAAAGAUAUGGGUGGCCAGAUGGGAGGAUUAUCUGGGACCACCACGGUGAACAUCACACUGACUGAUGUCAAUGACAAUCCGCCUAGAUUCCCACAGAGCAUCUAUCAGUUUGUCACCUCGGAAUCUGCUUCUAUUGGAACAGAGAUAGCACGAAUAAAAGCUGUUGAUGCAGAUGUGGGUAAAAAUGCUGAAAUUAAAUAUACUAUUACAGAUGGAGACGCCAAAGAUUUAUUUGAGAUCAUCACAGAUCAGAAUACACAGGAUGGAAUUAUAAUGGUUAAAAAGCCUUUGGAUUUUGAAAGUCAAAGACUGCACACAUUUCAAGUGGAAGCCACCAAUACAUAUGAAGAUCCACAAUUUACUCACCUUAUCUCAUUUAAAGAUACAGCUAUUGUGAAAGUACUGCUGAAAGAUAUUGAUGAGGCCCCUAUUUUUAGUAAACCUUUCUAUGUGUUUGAAGUGAAUGAAGACACCAAAGAAGGUAGCAUAAUUGGUCAUGUAACUGCUCAGGAUCCUGACUCAGCAAAGAACUCUGUAAAGUAUAGUAUUGACCGGAACACAGACUUGGAGAGAACAUUCAAUAUAUUCUCAGGAAAUGGUUCAUUAAUCUUAGCCAAAACUCUUGACCGGGAAAUGACAAUAUGGCAAAAUAUCUCAAUAGUGGCAACUGAAACAGAAAAUCCCAAACUCAACAGAAAUGUUCAAGUGUAUAUAAAAAUACUGGACAUUAAUGAUCAUGCUCCAGAAUUUUCAGAACGUUAUGAGACUUUUGUAUGUGAAAAUGCAAAACCAGGUCAGCUUGUGCAAACUAUAAGUGCUGUGGACAAAGAUGAACCUCCACGGGGACAUUCCUUUUUCUUUGAAAUAGUACCAGAAUUUUACAUCAAUCCAAAUUUUACAGUUGUUGACAACAAAGACAACACAGCAAGUAUUUUAACAAAAAGAAGCAGAUAUAAUCGAUAUAAAAUAAGCGCAUAUACACUGCCGAUCAUUAUUUUUGACAAUGAUUAUCCAGUUCAGAGCAGUACUGAAACAUUGACUAUACAGGUAUGUGCCUGUGACAACAAAGGGCAUGUACAAACAUGCAGUGCUGAGGCUUUCCUACUUCCAGCUGGACUGAGCACUGGUGCAUUAGUUGCAAUUUUACUUUGCAUCAUCAUACUUCUCGCAUUAGUGGUGCUUUUUGCAGCUCUUAAGCGACACAGAAAAAAAGAACCAUUAAUAAUUUCAAAGGAUGAUGUGCGAGAUAAUGUUGUGACCUAUAAUGAUGAAGGCGGAGGUGAAGAGGAUACACAAGCUUUUGAUAUUGGAGCACUAAGAAAUCCUGAAGCUAGAGAGGAAAAUAAACCGAGAAGAGAUAUCAUCCCUGAUACUAUAUUUCAUAUACGGAAAACAGUUCCUCUGUGGGAAAAUGUUGAUAUUCAAGAUUUUAUUCAAAGAAGAAUAAAUGAAAAUGAUGCAGAUACAACUGCUCCUCCAUAUGACUCACUAGCAACCUAUGCUUAUGAAGGUAAUGACUCCAUUGCUGAGUCGCUAAGCUCAUUGGAAUCCCUGGAGAUUGAUGAGAAUCAUGAUUAUCAAUAUCUUAAAGACUGGGGGCCUCGAUUUAAAAAACUUGCAGCUAUGUAUGGUGGGGAUGAUAGUGACUGA